AAAAGAGGACCCGCCUGAUCGCAUCGGCGACUCAGAAUCUACGGUUAGUGAAGAAUUCUCAGUUACCGCCCAAAGGAACUCCGGAGCUGGACGGCAAAUUCACCCCUUCUGCGACCGACCGAGCUCGUCGUCCUUCAAAUCCUUCUUCUUGUCGAUUUCUUUGUCGAUGAAUUGAAAUGGAGAUUUGAUUGUGGUCACAAGAUAUGGCUGAACGACAACCACUUGACCAGCAGAAUCAAAUCGAUCCACAGUUGCAAUCCUCGCAGUCUCCAAGAGAAGAUAUGGUUUCAUAUGUGAUGGCCUUGGAAGCUGCUCUGCUUCCCUGCUUGCCUGCGAGAGAACUACAAGCAAUCGACCGUUCUCCUCACCCUUCUCAUCAAAUUGACGUGGAGAGACAUGCUAGGGAUUUUAUGGAGGCAGCUAAAAAGCUUCAAUUGUACUUCAUUGGUUUACAACGGGAGGAUCAGCCAACCAAAGUGGAAACACUAAGAAAGGAGAUUUCUGCCAUUGAGGAGGAAUUAAAGUUAAAGGAUGACAUAAUCAAGAAGCAGGAGAGGCUCAUUGAAGGGUGGAAGAAGGAUUUGAAAGACCAGUUAGACAAACAUAACAAUGAGUUAGAGAAGGUUUAGUAGAAUAGGCUUUCGAUCCCAAUGCUCUAUUGCUUAGUUUUUUUUGUAGAUCAUGUCAAUUUCAUACAUUCACAACUAAUCAAUGGUGGGGUAUUGUUUGCCAUAGACGUUUUUAUGUAGACACUUAAAUGCAUUCACCAAAUAACAUAGACCUACUCCUCCUA